CGCUGACAGGAGCCCAUUUUCCCCUACAUGUAGCUCACUGGUCCAGUGGUGUAUGCGGUGUGAAACAUCCAGUGAACACACACUUGGCACCGUGUUAGACCGUAAAACCUGCGAGCGUUCUAUUCUGUUAUAUUGUAUUACUGAGAAGAUGCUUUGAGAGCCUGAAGGACCUGAGGGAGCUCGCAGCCGUUAUUUUUUAACGUCUCUUGUUUUUUAAAAAAAAUUUAAAACAAAGGGCACGCGCGGCUUGCUGGCGUAUUUCCAACGGAACACUCGUCGCCUGUGAUAAACCGAGCAUUAUGUCGUCGGCUAAACACGGUCUCGAGGAGGCAGCAGGAAGGCAGCCCAUGACUCAGCCGCUGAACCAAAUGGCUCCUCCCCCUUACCUGCCGUCGCAGGACCCCAACAUGCCCCCACAUCCUCCUCCGCCCGGCUGUGGCCCCCAACCCAACUACCCUCCUCCCCCUCCUCCACCUGGCUCCGAGGGGUAUCUACAUGAGACGCAGUUCCCUCCUGGAAACCCUCCACCUCAGGCCGCCCCUAACGGUUACACGGUCCAGACACACGGGCCCGGCGGUUCAGUGCCUCAUCCUCCCAUGGGUUACCUGCAGCUCGGAUAUCCACUCCAACUGCAACCCUGCGCUGCCUACGUACCUGUGUAUCCCAUCGGAACAGGGGGCCAGCCCUACAUGCCUAACGGUACACCCCAUGCAGGUGUUGCUCCAGGGCAGGUGCCAAUGCAAAUGCCCCCCGGUGUCGCUCUAAUGGAGCCGCGGCGGCCCCCUCACGACUACCUGCCCAUUGCCGUGCUCACCACCAUCUGCUGCUUCUGGCCCACAGGCAUCAUCGCCAUCAUCAAAGCCGUGCAGGUGCGUACAGCCAUCGCUCGGGGCGACAUGGUGUCAGCCGAGAUUGCGUCCCGUGAGGCGCGUAACUUCUCCUUCAUCAGCCUGGCGGUGGGCAUCGCCUCCAUCGUGCUCUGCACCAUCCUUACAGUGGUGGUGAUCAUCGCCUCGCAGCACCACGACGAAGAGUGGGAACCGUAGACUCACCUCAAACCUCCGGACUGAAGGCGGUACAGCCAGUAUUCCGCUCAUAGCGUUCACACAACGAUCAUCACACGAGAAUCAUCCCACAUUUACCUGUGUUAGAUAACAGGCACUGAUUUAAUUCAUCAAAAAAAAAAAAGAGGGCCGUGAACAAAUCACACUCAUGGUUUCAUCCGCAGAAAUGCUUAGCUAAUGACGUGUCCUGUAUUGGUUACGUGUCUGGUCCAUCAUGUCAUUACGUUGUGCCAUUCAAUCUGUUUAGGUUCAGUGUUGUACAGUAGGAGUAAGGUAUUUCCUGGCACUGAGGAAAAGGAUCACGCGAAAAAAAAAAAACGAUCUGCUAUUGUUUUACUCGUAUUAUAACAUAAAAGUGUUAGGUAGCUGAGCAGAAGUGAUAAUCAUUCUUUACUCAGUUAAAUAACAAUUAAGUAGAGUUUUACUACAGUCGGUGUAAAAAUAAAAUAAAAAAAGUCUAAGUUUAUUAACAAGUAGACUAUCGGUCUUUUUCUGAUAGAGAUGCUGUCCUGUUUAAAAACACUUGAUGGAAUGUUAUGAUGAAUACAAAUAUUUUUCACUCUCAGAGAAAAAAAAUUAAAUAAAAACAGUGUUACUGCCUCAUAGUAAACUAGGAAUCCAAUCCAACUUUAUUUAGGAAAGAUAUAUAAAGAAAUAUAUAAUUAUUGUGUGGCAGUGUUAUGUUCUGUUAUGUAUUAUACAUUAUUUAUUUCUCGUUUCAUUUAAGUAUUUAUAAUUAUUAUUAUUAUUAUUAUUAUUGUUAACGUUAAUAUAUAUUUAUUAUCCUAUUUAGCCAUAGCUCUAGCGGUGAGUUGGAUUAUUUUUCAAUCGUUUGAUAAUUACGUAAAAUAUGAUCAUUAGAGCGCGCACAUUUUUUAGCUAAGCAUGUUUCGAAACGCACUUUUAUGCACUGUGAGGGUGUAAACGCUGCUGCCUUCCUUUCUGGUGUGUUUGCCAGGUACGGAUAACGCAAAAGGGGUAUGUUAAAAGGAUAAAAACAACACCUCUUUUCCUUUCAUGAACCAUUUGACUUUUUUUUCAGCUUUAAAUAAGCAUUCGUGUUUUUUUUGUUUGUUUGUUUUUUUGUUUUUUUUUACAGCUCUAUCAGCUACCUUGCAAUUUCCCAGGCUUUCGUCAGGAUUGUUUGUCCGCGUCUGGCUCGUCCCCUGAAAGGUUCCAGUCCUUCGCUCACACAGGCACAGGAGAUUUGUCAGAGAUAAUUUCAGAAACGCAUAAAAAUGUCAAGUCUCUCAAAGGCUCGGCGAAGCGCAUUACUCAACCGCUCACGCUUAACAGUCAGAAGUGAUGGACUUGCAGGGAUGAGACGGCGUUCUAAGGCGGGAGGAGGGGGGGGGGGGAGUGUAGUCAUUACUGUGUGUGUGUGUGUGUGUGUGUGUGUGGCUGUUCAGUGUGGAUGCUGAUGUAGGUUGAGGAGGAUUAUACUGUAUUAAUGUGAACUGAGUCAACUAUCGCUGAUGUCGAUCAAAACCCACUUUUACUCAAACGUACGUGGCGAUGUGCUUCAUCUACUCGGUUUCUCGCGCCUCCCAACAUGAACGUACGUUUGGUCUGUUCUCUUGGAUUUUGCAGGAAAGGAGAGUUUUUUUUAUUUUUUAUUUUCCCACCGGAGGAAAAAAAUCCACCCUAAACAAGCUGCAUGUAAUAUAAUUUUUAUUAUUAUUAAUAUUAUUAUUAUUAUUAUUAUUAUCUAUACCUGAUCUACAAUGACAUUCCAGAUCCAUUCUUUAAUAAAAAUUUUAACAGCCUUUUUAACCCGAAUGCUAUUUUAUACCCACAGUGCCAAUGAUCUACAUGUCGAUAGUGUUGUAGUGAGGUUCAACCCUCGUUUCAUCUCUUCCUGAAGCAAAGUCUUUUAGCCAGUCCAUCUCUCUCUCCCUCUCUCACACACACUUUCUAACAGAUCAGAACAUCUAAAGCUUCAGCUUUCACGCUGACCUUACAGUACAUUAACACUAUUGCCCAAUUUAGCACAUUGUAAUGUAAUCUGGGACUUCAUUUUAGAGAUAAGAAGCUUCUGGUCUUUUUUUCACCCGAAUUGUUACACAGACUCAUCAAAGAUACAGUGGAACCCUGGAUUACGAGCAUAAGCAGGGCAGGCUGGAAGCAGGCUCGUAUUCCAAAACAUUCGUAAACCAAAUUAAAUUUUUCCAUAAGAAAUAAUGGAAACUUAAAUUAUUCAUUCCACAGCUCAAAAAAUAUAUACAUAAAAAUAAGUACAUAAAAAUAAUUAACACAAAAUAUAAAGUGAAAAAAAUAAAACAAAUUAACCUGCCCUUUACCUUUAAAAAAAAAAGUGAAAAAAAAUCCUGACAGAUAAGUGUUUCUGUUUGUGUGCGCAGGCGCUGUGUGUGUGUGUCUAAAGUAAGCUCCCCUCUCCCUCUUCUUGUCUUACACAGUUACCCUUUCUCCACUCUUUUUAUACACGUGCGCACACAACGGAAGCACUGUCUUAUCGGAAAAAUAAACAAGAAAUCUCUGUAAUGACACUUGAUUAAGUGACAUACUAACGGAAUCACUGCUGUAAAAUAAAAAUUAAACAAAUUAGCCUGGACUUUACCUUUGAAAAGAAUCGCAUGUAAGAGUGUGUUUGUGUCUCGCAAUCCAAGGUUUCACUGUAUUUGUUUGUUUUCGUUUGUUUUUUUUCUCACUCCCUCAACACAUAUCCCUAAUUUAGAAUUUUAGGAAUUAAGAUAGCAUUUAGCUGGAGACCAACAAUUAGUGAAACGAACGAUUGUUACAGUUGAACACCCAGUGCUGUUGUCCUCUAUAUCGGCACGCCCCUUAUCUAAUCAGAUUCCUCGGUUGUAUAAUCAUAUUAAAUGCACUUCAGGGUGGAUAUUUCCUUUCAUUUUUCUCUGAGUAUAAUUUGUUGAUACGAGCUGCCAGGCUGGUUGUUGGGAUCAUCAUCAUGCUUUGAGGUCGAACCCGGGACAAACGGAAGUUUCUGAAAAAUGGUCGAAAUUCCUAAACCCAUGACACUUUUUUCUUUUUUUUUGUGUUUGUUUCUCUUCAGUAUUUAAAAAAUAUUAUACCUGGUCUCUUCUGCAAUCAUUUUUCAUAAAUCUGUCCAUUUUUAGAUAAAGAGCUUUAAUGUAAAUGCAAGUGAUUACAGAUGUAUCGAUGUACCUAUUUUAUCUACUGUAAAAAAAUAUUAAUUGAAAAACGGAACCAGUGGGAACAGUCCGAAUUAUUUGGCUGUGUAUAAAUUCACCCACCAGCGGUUCUCUGAAUAUAAAUGCAUUAAAGAGGAGAUCUGUUUGUAUUAUAAUGAUUUUAUCUAUCUUCUACCAGUGCAGCGUUAUCAGUGUUGUGGGUUCUCAGUAUCUAUACAGAACUCCAGCAAAAUAAAAAAAAAAUGCUUUUCUGCAUUAAUCUAAUAUGAAUCUGGUCCGGUAUUUUUACAAAUAAUUUUGAUUUAAAAAGAAAUGCAGAAAACCGUCUGGUUCCCCCCAUAGUUACUGCACUCUUAAGAUGCCGGAUUUCUCUGAGCUUGUACGUAAA